AUGGCUGCGCUGCGGAGGCUCCUGUGGCCGCCGCCUCGGCUGCCGCCUCCGUGCUCGCCUCAUCAUCCCGCCCCUGGGCCGUGGGGGCGGCCUGCGGGGACAGCCCCGGGCCCUCCGGGCCGGCCCUUCUCCUGCCGGGAGGAGGACGAGGGGGCUGUGGCGGAGGCGGCUUGGAGGCGGCGGCGGCGCUGGCGGGAGCUGAGCUUCGCGGCCGCGGCCGGCGGGGGUCUGGUCGGCCUGGUGUGCUACCAGCUGUACGGGGACCCCAGAGCCGACUCCGCGCGGGCGCCGGGCCCCUGGCUCCCCUCGGAGAGCGCGGCCGCCGAGCCCGAGGACCCGCCCGGCGGCGGGGGGUUGCUUCCCAUCCCGGUCGCCGCUGCCAAGGAGACGGUUGCUGUUGGCAGAACGGAAGUCGAAGACCUGGACCUCUAUGCUACAUCUCGGGAAAGGCGAUUUCGUUUGUUUGCUUCUAUAGAAUGUGAAGGGCAAUUGUUCAUGACUCCGUAUGAUUUUAUUUUGGCUGUUACAACAGACGAGCCCAAAAUUGCUAAAACAUGGAAGUCACUUUCCAAACAGGAAUUAAAUCAAAUGCUAUCAGAAACACCACCAGUUUGGAAAGGAUCAUCAAAGCUAUUUCGAAAUCUUAAAGAAAAAGGUGUGAUUUCUUACACAGAGUAUCUUUUUCUUUUAUGUAUUUUAACAAAGCCACAUGCAGGUUUUAGAAUAGCUUUCAACAUGUUUGACACAGAUGGUAAUGAGAUGGUGGAUAAAAAGGAGUUUUUGGUGCUUCAGGAAAUAUUCAGGAAAAAAAAUGAAAAGAGAGAAACUAAAGGAGAUGAAGAAAAGCGUGCAAUGCUGCGUCUUCAACUUUAUGGAUACCAUUCUCCUACUAAUAGUGUACUUAAAACAGACGCUGAGGAACUCGUCUCCAGAAGCUACUGGGAUACACUGAGACGUAACACAAGCCAAGCACUCUUCUCAGACCUCGCAGAGCGUGCUGAUGACAUUACAAACUUAGUAACAGAUACUACACUUCUUGUACACUUUUUUGGGAAGAAAGGAAAAGCUGAGCUCAACUUUGAAGAUUUUUAUAGGUUCAUGGAUAACCUCCAAACAGAAGUUUUAGAAAUAGAAUUCCUUUCCUACUCUAAUGGGAUGAAUACUAUCAGUGAAGAAGACUUUGCUCAUAUUCUUUUACGAUAUACAAAUGUGGAAAAUACAUCAGUAUUUUUGGAAAAUGUGCGUUACAGUAUACCUGAAGAAAAGGGCAUUACAUUUGAUGAAUUCAGGUCAUUUUUCCAGUUUUUGAACAACCUAGAAGACUUUGCAAUAGCUUUGAAUAUGUAUAAUUUUGCAAGUCGUUCUAUAGGACAAGAUGAAUUUAAGCGUGCUGUCUAUGUAGCCACUGGCCUCAAACUUUCACCACAUUUAGUAAACACUGUCUUCAAGAUUUUUGACGUUGACAAAGAUGAUCAAUUAAGCUAUAAAGAAUUUAUUGGAAUUAUGAAAGACAGACUCCAUAGAGGAUUCCGGGGUUAUAAAACAGUUCAGAAGUAUCCCACUUUCAAAUCCUGUCUGAAGAAGGAACUUCAUAGUAGAUAAGUACUGCUAAAACAGAGUUUAAAGGAUUAUUAUCUACUUGAAAAUGCAAGAAGCAGACAUUUCAGAGGGCAGAAGCAGGCCUGAAGUCAAAACUCGUAGAAAUGAAGGAAAAGGUGAAACGCUAAUUAUAAUUUUUUCUUGAACUGAAUUCUUGAACAUAAGACAGAUAAGAUGCAUCUUCUUACUAAUUACAGAUGUUGUGUGUUAUGUUGAGCUUUUGUGUUGAUUUACUGAACUCUGCACUUUUUCAUUCCCUUCAGAAGUGUAUAGAUUCUUCCAGUGACUAUGUAAGAAUAUAUUUUAAAUGUUUUUUUAAAUUUAUUAGAAACUUGUCUCAUUUUUGAAUAAUGUAUGACUCCUGGAAUCUAGAUAACUUAAAAAUGAACAGCAACAUAUUCCCUUUGGUUUUGGACUGUGAACUUAUUUUCAGAAAGUGAGUAUUCCUUGAGAUUUAUCUUAGGGGACUUAGAAUCAUUAGUAGAUCUCCAUUACUUACCAGGUUUUUAAUUACACUGAAAUAAUUUUGAAACACAAGUAGAAAUUAAGUUACUGUACAAUAUGAUGGUUUACAUUGUACUUUUAACUUUUAAAAGUACUUAAUUAGCAUUAUUGUUUGAAUCAUAUAAAGUUUUAAGUUUUUGUUCAUUUAUCAAGGUCAACAGAAUAUCUGGUAUUCUUUUAUUUGUACAGAAAAGAAAUUUAAAAUGUAGAUCUUUUUAUCUCAAAAAAAAGUCAUACAUUGAUGGUGGAAACAGUGGUAGUUUUUUUAGCAGUAGUCACUGUUAUUGCCAUUAUUGUUUUAUUUUUUAUUUAUUUUUUUUUUGCCAUAUUGUUUUAAACAUGGUGCAGCUCCUGACAGCAGAUGGUACAUGUUAAUAACACUAAUAAAAUUAGUAUCUUAUGGCACUGUAACUUAUUGCAUAUUGUUAUUAUAUGUCUGUAGUGUCAAAAUGAAUUUUAUAAAGACUAAUGUAAAAUGGUUUAGAAGACUAAUGUAUAUAUUAGGUAGAAGUUAAUGUUUUGUUUCUUGUGAAAGGACCAUAUGGAAAAGUGAGCCCAACAGCCAGUAAUGAUGAAUAAUUUAAAUAUAAUUUAUAUUUUAAAAUGUCUUUAAAAAGAAAAGAAAAACUUUCUUUUGAAAAACAACAAAAUUCAAUUUCACAUGGAGAAAAUAACUCAAUACUAUUUAUUGGAAAUCUGUUCAAUUUAAAAAGUGUAGCUUAUAAAAGGAUACUAAACAAAAAUAGAACAAUGGAUUUAAUUUAUUUAUAUACUGUAUGUGGAAGAUAGAUUAAUUUAUCUUCUUUUCUAGGAUGUAUUAAAUAUAAAUUGCACACACUCCAACUAUUACCUUGCUUUGCACAGGAAUAUAGGAAAUACUGACUUCGGUUUUGUAAGUUAUUAAAUGUGAAAUUGAUAGUUCUGCAUCAGCCUAUUUAUGAAGGUAUUUUUAUUUCCAAGAAAAUACUGUUAGCAUUGACAGUGCAUUUGGUAGACUUUUUACAUUCUUUAUCUGACUUAUUUAUUAUAUUGAUAUAAAUAUAUAUGACCCAUAAGUUUUAGGAUUUCAUAUAGUAUAAUUUAAUUUCACCUGCUUUGAAGGUUGUGAUUGACUAAAUGAAAAUACCUUCUCAUUUAACAUGCCCAGCUUUAUUUUACCUUACAUUGAAUGUCCUCAAUAUUAUUUACUAUCUAAAAUAAUGGAAAAUAUGCAAAGAAUUUAUGGAACUAAUGGAAAAUUAUAAUAAUGGAAAUAAUGCAACUUAUUUUUAUCUUUGAUUAUAACCUAAGUUACCUUGUAUACAUGGAAAAAUUGAUAUUUAAAACAGUCCUAUCAAUAAAGAUUAAAACUGAAUUAGCUCAUUAAGAUUAUUAAUGAUUAUUAAUAAUUCUGCCAUUCUCCCAAGGAAUACUACCUAUGCAAACUUUACUCUUUAUUGCUUAUCAGAAUGAUAUUCAUCUAAAACUGCAGCAUAACAUUAAACUGCAAAUAAAGUAUUCUGAUUAAUUAAAAUGGGAAAGAGUAGUAAAUUAUGGUGAUUCUCCAUGUUAUCACUCUUGAACUUUAUCAUCUAUAAAAUGGGAGGUAAAAAUAUCUCACUGGACUGUUGUUUACAUCAAUUUAAAAAAUUUUAAAUGCUUUGAAAAUAGUACUGUACUAAGUACAUGUAUGCAGUUCUCAGUAUCUUCUACAAAUUAUUCUUUGGAAAGAUGAAGCUAUUCAUAAAAUUUUAGUAUCAUACUGUUUACAGGAGACUAUAUGAUAAAAGGUUUAUGGUCUUCUAAAAAUCAUUUCAUACUAAGAAUUUCAUGUAACUUAAGUUGUAGUCUGUUGUUCUUAUUAUAAAAAAUAACUGUAAAGUGACCUGUCUUACAUUCUUAUGUUAUCAUAAAAUAAAUAUACUUGCUCUCAAAUCAAGAAA